CACAGGGGCGGGGAGGGGUAUAUAAAGCGGGAGGCCGGCGUUCGGGAGGGUUUGAGCUUGUUUGGCCGCUGAGCCCUAGCCGCUUCAAUGGUGCAGCUUUCACAGUCCCCGCUUCGUCACCCUUCGCCUUCAUGCUGCUCUGAAGAAGGGGAGGAGAAGAGCAUGAAAACAGCUAAGCAGCAGGUGACUCAAGGUCCUCGAGGGGAUAACCAGCUUCCAUUGAGCUCGAUUGCUUUGAAUUCUGCCACCACAGCGUCCCAGGCCUAUGAGACAUACAUUGAUAAUGGGCUUAUUUGUCUAAAACACAAGAUCAGGAACAUUGAGAAAAAGAAGCUCAAACUAGAAGACUACAAAGAUCGUCUGAAACGAGGGGAGUCCCUCAACCAGGACCAGUUGGAAGCAGUUGAAAAAUAUGAUGAAGUGAUACAUAACUUGGAGUUUGCUAAAGAACUUCAGAAGACAUUUUCUGGGCUUAGUCAAGAUCUGUUGAAAGCACAGAGGAAAGCACAGAGAAGGGAGACCCUACUGAAGCUUGAAGCAGAAAAGAAGAAGCUCCGCACAGUACUGCAGGUCCAGUAUGUGCUACAGAAUUUCAUUCAAGAGCAUGUGCAGAAAGACUUCAAGGGUGGCUUGAAUGGUGCGAUAUUCCUGCCUUCUAAAGAACUAGACUACCUCAUUAAGUUUGCAAAACUGACAUGUUCUGGAAGAAAUGAGAUGGUUAGUAUUGAAGACCAAAUGGAGCAAUCAUCACUCUACUUCUGGGAUCUGCUAGAAGGCAGUGAAAAAGCAGUGGCUGGGACAACUUAUAAGCACUUGAAGGAUUUGUUAUCUAAAUUAUUAAAUUCUGGUUAUUUUGAAAACAUUCCUACACCUUGCAAUGUACCAGAGAAAGAGGAUCUGAAAGAAGAUAUGCUCAGAAAGCCUGAAGUGAAAGAAGAGCACAAAAGACCUGAAAAAACAAAGCAACAAUCAAAACUGGAAUCUAUCAAUCAACCAGAAACUCAAAUGGAUCACAUUCAAUCUGAGAUACAGCCACAAGAGUUUCUUAAUAGGCGAUAUUUGCCAGAUGUUGACUAUACUAUCAAGCCUGAAGAUUCUAAACCUUGGGAAAUAGAACAUAGUAAAAAGAAUGAACUUCCAAAAUCCUGGGAAAUCCUUGUAGACAUGGAAGAGCAGGAUCAGAAGAAGCAGAAACAAGAAUCAUUAAAACCUUUGGAAUCAGUAAGGCGACAGGGGAAAAAACCAGAACUUUCAAGGCCUUGGGAAGUUCCAGUGAAAGAUGAUGAUGAUGAUGAUCAAAGGCAGGAAGUUUCAAAGUCUUGGGUGGCACAGGUCAGGGAUCAGCAAAGCUCUCCCAAACCCUGGAUAACUAAAGUUAAAGAAGAGCAGGAACAGAAGCAAGAUAUUGCAAAACCUUGGAUGUCCAAAGCUAAGGAAGAGCUAGAACAAAAGCAAGAAACAUCAAAAGCAUUGAUUGCCCAGGCCAGGGUGGAAUCUGUGCAGAAACCUGAACUUGUGAAACCUUGGGGUGCAUGUGUUAGAGAGGAGACAGAGCAAACAAAACAGGAACCUGCAAAACCAUGGAUAGCACACAUAGGGGAAGAAACAGAACAGACAGCCCAGACACCUAGGGUUUGGGAAACAUCUGAGGGACCACGGCAAACAGCUCAACAGCCAUUACAAAAUCCUCCCAAGAUCUGGGGAGCAGGAAAUCUUGUGCCAAAGGAACAGACUGGGCCAAAGAAGCUUGACUUGGAACCCAAAGAAAGACGAGACCGCAGAUUGAAGCUUGACUCUGAUGUGAAACAAGAUGGAAAAACAGAUGGACUAAGUGGCCAACACACUGAUGCUGUCAAGAAGAAAGAGAGCCUUCAGUCAGUUAGAGAAACCUGUAAACUAUCUAAGAGUUUUCAGAAUAUUGUGCAGCCAGCUGCAGAGUUUUGCUCUGUUUCUAGUCUUCCGAAGGAUCCAGUGCUAAGAAGGGAAAAACUACAGGAUCUAAUCACUCAGAUACAAGGAACCUACAACUUUAUGCAAGAGUCUAUUCUAGAUUUUGAUAAACCUUCACAAAGUGCCACUUGUUCAUCCCAAGCAUCUUCAGUUGAUUCUACAGUUUCUAAUGAGCAACUUCCAAGCCAAAAUAAUUUCCCUGAACAACCAAUACAGACAACUGUUUCAAAUCGUCAGGAGCCAGAGAACUUUAAUUCAUCUCCAUCUGUGUGUCAGGCAAGCCAGGGGAUUUCUGAGUCAUUAGUGCCUCAAAAGAGUGAAAUUGGUCAGGCUCCUACUGCUGUUUCAAGUGAAUCAGAGAUACCCGUGACACCAUCAAGAACUACCAUGUCACCAGUAUCCCAAGGGAAAGCUUUCCAAUCUCCUCCAUCAAAUAGCAGUGUUGUUAACAUGAAAACACCUCCUUUUCAGGCCAUGCAGACUGUGUUCAAAGUGAAUGCACCUUUGCCCCCUCGUAGGGAGCAGGAUAUCAAAGAAAAUUCUCUGCAACCUACAGGAUAUAAUCAGAAUUUUUCUACAGCAAGUACACAGACUCCUCCCCAGUGUAAAUUACAGUCUAUUCAAAAUGCUGAACAAACUGCUUUUUCUCAAGAGUCUCUUUCAAAUGCAGGUAAUUACCAGGUUGAGGGAGCCGUUCCUGUAAGCAAUGGUAGUCUCACCUUUUACGCAGCACAGACAACCACUUUCCCUAAACCAUCUCAGCCUUUUGUUACAAGCCGUGGUGGAUCAGUUAGAGGUUCCGUCAGAGGUGUAAGAUCAAUUACCUCUUCUUAUCGUUCUCCUGGUGGCUAUAAGGCAGGUUUUGAAGCUUACAGGGGAUCACCUUCAGCCCCCAACGGUUCCUACAGCCAGUUGCAACUUCCUGGCAGAGACUAUUCUACAGUGCAAUAUUCUCAGAGGGAUGUAAAUUAUCAGCCGAACUAUAAACGAGGUGCUAUUAGCAGUGGCCGUGCCAAUUCAAGAGCAGGCUGGAGCGAUUCUUCUCAGGUGAGCAGCCCAGAACGUGACAGUGAGGCCUUUAACAGUGGGGAUUCUGGGCAGGGUGACUCCCGCAGCCUUACUCCUGUUGAUAUGCCAGUGACAAGCCAAGCAGCUACCAUCCUACCUGUGCACGUCUAUCCCCUUCCGCAGCAGAUGAGAGUUGCCUUCUCAGCUGCUAGAACUUCUAACUUGGCUCCUGGAACUCUAGAUCAACCCAUCGUGUUUGACCUCCUGUUAAACAAUCUUGGUGAAACCUUUGAUAUCCAACUUGGUAGGUUUAACUGUCCUGUCAAUGGCACCUAUGUGUUCAUAUUCCAUAUGCUGAAACUGGCUGUGAAUGUUCCAUUGUAUGUGAACCUCAUGAAAAAUGAAGAAGUUCUAGUAUCUGCAUAUGCCAAUGAUGGUGCUCCAGAUCAUGAGACUGCUAGUAAUCAUGCAGUCCUGCAGCUUUUCCAAGGAGACCAGAUUUGGCUGCGCCUCCAUAGAGGGGCUAUUUAUGGAAGUAGCUGGAAAUAUUCUACAUUCUCAGGAUACCUCCUGUAUCAAGACUGAAUAUUAUGUUUACAAUAAUAAUUGGUCCAAACAGUUUGGUGGAGGAAGGUGGAAGCUAGGGGAAUAGUUUUGCACUGCAUACUGACUGCUUAAAACACAACUCUGACAUUUGGGUAUGGUGAUCUGUUUUAUAGUGAUAUGGAGUUGGGUCAGCACUGAUGUGGCACUUUAUCAAUUGUGAUGUAGCCUUGAUGGUAAAGCUGUGAAUGUUAUGUUUGCACUUAUUCCUGAACUGUAAUUAUCAGCUUAGUAAACAACUUGGAAUUUGCCUCCAGACUAGGCUGUCCACAAUGCCUUGUGCCUAAAUAAAAAAAAUAUAUGCCUUAGUAUCAAUGUCUGUACUACUGGAAUAAAUAUGGGUAUUAAUUAUCUUUGAUAUUGUUCAUAGGGAAGAGUUGAUACAUGUAUUGGUAUGUAGAAAGCCCCAGUCUCCAGUUGAAAUAGAAGAAGUAGGAGUUGAUGGAGAGCUCUGAAAUCCCUGGUCAAAUGUGUCUGCUAUUGAAAGCUAAAUAGAAUAUUUUUUCCAUAUAAAAAUGGGAUCGUGGCAAGUAGUUGAGUUAAUUUUUUUCAUAGGCCCUUUCCUCACUACUUUGAGAAUUAAUCAGAAACCACGCAUUCUUUAUGGGAAUGCAAGCUCAAACACAUGGCAUGUAGCUACUAGAAAAGGUAGUACUUAAUGAAACUAAUUCUAAAAGUAUUUCAGUUCUUGUCAGAAGCUCUCUUCAAAUGAGGCCUAUACACUGGUUUUGGCAGCAUUGUUUUUACUGAUGAUGCUUUUUCUUAAUUUACCAGUAUUACAGCUUCAGAGAAAGAAGACCCUUAUGGGACUCAGUGAUUAGGAAGGUGGUAAGCUUCCUGCACCGAUGGUCUCUUCUCUGUCCCCUUUUACUAAUUGUACGUUAAUCAGAUCAGUUCCUGCUUUGGCCUUUCUGACACCUAAAUACUGGUUUGAGGUAGAAGCAACAUUUAGUUUUAUGAUAGGGCAUGCUGUUAACACUUGCACAUAUACAUAUAUACCAGUAGCUCUUUUUAGGACACAACACUUCAGUGCUUUCCUCAAAUCACUCUCCCACCCCCCGAAAUCUGUUUGGGAUUGCCAGUAUUGUUCAUUGUGUAAUUGGUAAUCACAGUUGAUGCUUUUCCUAAAAUAAGGUAUACAUCUUUACUGCAUAUGCUAGAGAGGCCAAUUGAGACACCAAGAGUGUGUGCAUAUGGGAGAAAGUCUGGGUUCUGUAUUGUAGAAUAAAAACUGUGUCUCCUGAUGCUGUUACAAUCCAAAUCAAUCUUUAGAAAUGCUUUGCUCUGUCAGUUUUCUGCUUUUUUUUUCAGUACAAGAUUUACUUUGUGGACACUUUUUUGUAGGUUUCUUGUAGCAGUUGCCAUUAUCUUUGCACAGUUGAAACAAAUUCCUUGCUUUUUAAGCCUCAAAGUGAAAUCCAGUUCUGCAAAACUAACUGGGUGGCUUUAUAUUAGUAGCUGCUAUCGCUCUGAAAAAAUGAGAGAGGGUUAAGGUGUUGUCAUAUAUGAGACAUAAAUCUUCUUGAAACCUUGUUGGUGGUAUAUUUUAGAAUGCCAACUUUUUACUGCAGAAAAAGAAUUAUUUUGGACUAAUUAGAGAACUCCCUUUGGAUGUUAUGAACCAGUGUUUCUAUACUUGCAAGUGCAAGCUUGGAAACUAGUUUUUGGUUUCUGUCAGCUGUUCCAGAUGAACUAUAGUGUGUUGUGAAUUUCAGCUAAUCUGUAAGUAAGCAAGCUAUAAACUAAUUCAGCCAUUUUUCUCUUCCCCCUCCCCACUCCUACUUAAUAUAAUGGGUAACUAUUCACAGAGCAGGCAGAUCUUAUUGCUGUUUUUUAGAAUACAUAUUUUAGAUUAAAAUGGAAGAUUUUCUGGCUCUCCAUCAGGAACAUAUUUGAUGACACACUUAAACAUGUAAUCAGUUGUAAACUUUAGCAUUCUUUACUUCGUGUAAAUUGGAUAGUAUGUUAGGCUAACAUUGUUAGGCACAGAUACUAUCUACGUGUAGGUCUACUUCUGUUCGGAUUCUGUAAUAGAGGAAUCCUUCGAGCUAAAAUGUCCCUUCUGUUUGUAUGAGGGUUAAUAUCCCAUUGCUCUGCAUUUUACAUCUAGUGCCCAUCUUUCUGAGAGCCAGCAUGGCAUAGUGGUUUGAGUGUUGGACUGUGGUUCUCGAGAUCAAGGUUCAAUUUCCAGUUGGGGCUAUGAAACCCACUGA